AGAAAAGAAAAGAACUCUUCACUCAGAUAUACUCGAAGAUAAGAAACUGAAUAACUUCCUUUCUUUAUUCAUCUUCCUCACACACACACCAACAAUGGCAGCAUUUCGAUUAUCAUCCUCCUCCCUUAAUUCCAAUAAUCCACACCUCUCAAAAUUCAAAUUCCCUUCCACCAUCACUUCUUCAGACUCUGGCUUUUGGACCAACUGGACCAGGCUUCUGUUGUUCAGAACUUCACUCCCCAGUUCUACAAGAAGGAAACUGUGGAUUAGUAACGUAGCCAAGGAUCAACAGAAAGAAUUGAAGGAGCCGGUCAAUGGAGGAGUUGUAGACGAUUUCGAUAGCUUUCUUCCGGAUUCGGCUUCCGUUGCUGCGAGUAUUAAGUAUCAUUCUGAAUUCACGCCUUCUUUCUCUCCCGAAGGCUUUGGGCUUUCUAAGGCGUAUUAUGCAACUGCUGAAAGUGUUCGUGAUAUGCUUAUCAUUAACUGGAAUGCUACGUAUGAGUACUAUGAAAGGAUGAAUGUGAAACAAGCCUACUAUCUGUCGAUGGAGUUUUUACAGGGUAGAGCAUUGCUAAACGCAAUUGGAAAUUUGGAACUAUCAGGAAUUUAUGCAGAUGCUUUAAGAGUGUUGGGAUAUAAUCUCGAGGAGAUAGCACGGCAGGAAUCGGAUGCUGCACUAGGAAAUGGAGGAUUAGGGCGGCUUGCUUCCUGCUUUCUGGAUUCCCUGGCAACACUAAACUAUCCAGCAUGGGGAUAUGGACUCAGAUACAAAUAUGGUUUGUUCAAACAGCUCAUUACAAAAAAUGGGCAGGAGGAAGUGGCUGAAAAUUGGCUAGAGAUGGGCAAUCCCUGGGAAAUUGCAAGAAACGACAUCUCCUAUCCUGUGAAAUUCUAUGGUGAAGUUAUUUCCGGCGCGGAUGGAAGUAAGCAGUGGGUUGGAGGAGAAGAUAUCACUGCUGUUGCCUACGAUGUUCCAAUACCAGGUUACAAAACUAAAACCACCAUAAACCUCCGUUUGUGGUCCACAAAGGUUGCUCCCGAGCAAUUUGAUUUGAGUUCUUUCAACGUUGGAAAUCAUGCCAAUGCAUAUGCGGCCAUAAAGAAAGCUGAAAAGAUAUGUUACGUUCUGUACCCCGGAGACGACUCACUGGAGGGAAAGACUCUUAGAUUGAAACAACAAUACACAUUGUGCUCUGCUUCCCUUCAAGAUAUUGUCGCACGUUUUGAGAGGAGAUCCGGGGAGGCUUUGGACUGGGAAAGUUUUCCAGAAAAGGUUGCUGUGCAGAUGAAUGAUACCCAUCCCACACUUUGUAUCCCUGAGCUGAUAAGAAUAUUGAUGGACGUGAAAGCGUUAACCUGGAAACAAGCUUGGGACAUCACUAGUAGAACUGUAGCCUACACAAAUCAUACAGUUCUGCCGGAGGCGCUUGAAAAAUGGGGUUUCGCCCUCAUGCAGGAAUUACUUCCUCGACAUGUUCAGAUAAUUGAAAUGAUCGACGAGGAGCUUAUCCAUUCCAUCGUUGCUAAGUAUGGCAUAAAAGAUCAUGAGCUAUUACAACAAAAGCUGAAGGAAAUGAGAGUUCUAGAAAAUUUUGAAUUACCAGACUCGGUAAUGGAACUGCUAGUAAAUUCAGUGGAGUCUGCGGUGGCAGUUGAUCCCAUUGAGGAAGCUGAAAUUCUGGAUGAGGAAUCGUUACCUGGUAAAGAAGAAGAGGAAUCUGAAGACGGGAGUAUUGCAAAAAAAAUAGAUGUUUCGUUUAAAGUUGAUCCAAAACAGCCAAAGAUGAUUCGCAUGGCUAAUUUGUCUGUUGUUGGUGGAUAUGCUGUAAAUGGUGUUGCUGAAAUUCACAGUGAAAUUGUUAGAACCGAAGUUUUUAGCGACUUCUAUGAGUUGUGGCCUGAGAAAUUUCAAAACAAAACGAACGGAGUGACACCAAGAAGAUGGAUUCGUUUUUGCAAUCCGGAUCUGAGUAAAAUCAUCACCAAGUGGACUGGAACAAAGCACUGGGUGACAGAUACUGAGAAACUAGCAAUACUCCGAAAGUUCGCUGAUAACGAGGAUCUUCAGUCCAUGUGGAAGGAAGCUAAAAGAAUAAACAAAUUGAAAGUUGUCUCUUUUCUUAAAGAAAAAACUGGCUAUUUAGUCAGCCCUGAUGCAAUGUUUGACGUACAGGUAAAACGCAUCCAUGAAUACAAGAGACAGUUGUUGAACAUCCUGGGGAUUGUCUAUCGUUAUAAACAAAUGAAAGAAAUGACUUUGGAGGAAAGAGAAGCAAAGUUUGUUCCUCGAGUCUGUAUAUUUGGGGGGAAAGCAUUUGCAACAUACGUCCAGGCGAAAAGGAUUGUGAAAUUCAUUGCUGAUGUUGGAGCUACCGUCAAUAACGAUCCUGAUAUAGGAGACCUUUUAAAGGUAGUGUUUGUUCCAGAUUACAAUGUGAGUGUGGCAGAAGUGCUCAUUCCUGGCAGUGACCUUUCCCAGCAUAUCAGCACGGCUGGAAUGGAGGCCAGUGGUACCAGCAACAUGAAGUUUGCAAUGAAUGGCUGUGUACUAAUUGGAACAUUAGACGGGGCAAAUGUGGAGAUAAGAGAAGAGGUUGGAGAAGACAACUUUUUCCUCUUUGGUGCAAGGGCUCAUGAAAUUGCUACCCUAAGAAAAGAAAGAGCUCAAGGCAAGUUUGUUCCUGACCCACGGUUUGAGGAAGUGAAGGCUUUCGUCAGAAGUGGGGUUUUUGGUUCCAAUAAUUAUGAAGAACUCAUGGGCUCUUUGGAGGGAAAUGAAGGUUAUGGUCGGGCAGACUAUUUCCUCGUUGGCAAGGACUUCCCUAGUUACAUAGAGUGCCAAGACAGGGUUGAUGAGGCCUAUCGAGAUCAAAAGAGAUGGACCAAGAUGUCGAUCUUAAACACGGCUGGUUCAUACAAGUUCAGCAGCGAUAGAACCAUUCAUGAGUAUGCAAGGGACAUAUGGAAGAUUUCUCCACUAUUGCUAUCUUAAAAGGUUUUGUUUCUUCUCCUUUUCCUAUAAAAAUCGCUCUCCAGCUAAUUACUAUUGUAAUUACUAAAUGAGAUGGGAAGAUAGAAACAGGAGAUAGACUCAAAUAUUUUAGUCCAUUCAAAAUUAAAGCCACUUGAUUGCUAAGAAGUUCGUCAAUGAAGAACUUAAACCACCGGUACAAUCCUAUUAAUAAAUAUUUUUUCCCGGGGCGCACCGGACACAA